AUGGCGAGGGGUUUGAAGAAACAUCUGAAGAGGCUCAAUGCUCCGAAGCAUUGGAUGCUUGACAAGCUUGGUGGAGCAUUUGCACCCAAGCCUUCAUCUGGUCCCCACAAAGCCAGGGAGUGCUUGCCUUUGAUCCUCAUCCUCAGGAACAGGUUGAAGUAUGCUCUGACCUACCGUGAAGUCAUUUCAAUCUUGAUGCAGCGACAUGUUAUGGUUGAUGGAAAGGUCAGGACUGAUAAGACAUAUCCAUCUGGAUUCAUGGAUGUUGUGUCAAUUCCGAAGACGGGGGAGAAUUUCCGCCUUCUCUAUGAUACCAAGGGGCGCUUCCGUCUCCACAGUAUCAGGGAUGAUGAGGCCAAGUUCAAGAUGUGCAAGGUGCGGUCUGUGCAAUUUGGGCAGAAGGGCAUCCCUUUCCUGAACACCUACGAUGGGCGCACAAUCCGCUACCCAGAUCCCCUAAUCAAGGCCAAUGACACCAUCAAGAUUGACCUGGAUACCAACAAAAUUGUGGACUUCAUCAAGUUUGAUGUUGGGAAUGUCGUGAUGGUGACUGGUGGAAGGAACACUGGUCGUGUUGGGGUGAUAAAGAGCAGGGAGAAGCAUAAGGGCAGCUUCGAGACCAUCCACGUUGAGGAUUCCCUGGGCCACCAGUUUGCCACCCGCAUGGGCAACGUGUUCACCAUUGGCAAGGACAAGAAACCGUGGGUGUCUCUUCCCAAGGGCAAGGGUAUCAAGCUUAGCAUCAUUGAGGAGGCAAGGAAGCGCAAUGCUGAGGCUGCUGCUGAGGCCUGA